AUGUCGCAUCCUCUGGCUGUCGACGACCAACUACGGGAUACUCGUCGCGAGCUUGAACUUCUCAGUAGUCAACUCGUACACACCCUUGAGGAUCUCAGAUGCGCCGAAACAGCACACCAGGAUCAUGUCCAAUGCAUUCAAACGGAAUCACAACGUCAAAUGGCUCGACUUCAAGCGGACUUGGACUUGCAGGUGUCCCGACUGAAGGAGGAUUUGGUAGAUGCAAGGCAGGCGAGGGACCAUUGGCGGAAUGUAGCUGAGUCUUCGGAGUCCGUUCCCUCUGACCUAAAGGCAUCGAACACGCGCACAUCUGUGGCUCCUGAUGCUUCUUCGUCGUCGUCGUCGUCGACGCUCCAGACGAAGGACGUAGAGCUGUUGGAAAGGGUAGAGGCAACGGAGAGAGAGUUGAAGGGUUGCUUGCGGAAGAUCGUGAGGUCCGAGGACGAGAAGCACGCAUUGAGAAAAGAGCUGGAUACUUCGAAGGACGAGUGUGGCGCCCUUCGAGCCCAAACCAAACAGCUCGUAUCAUCUCGCCAGACGCUUCAAGACUCUUUCGAUCACACCUCGAGAAUUCUUGCCGAACGGACUAAACAGGUCAAAUCCCUCGAAGAUCACAAAACGGCGUUAACGGACAUGCUGGAGGUCGAGCGCUCGAAGAGGAGGGAUAUAGAGGUCACAUUGGGAGAGGUUCAAAGAGAAGCGGAGGAGAGUGGUCGUAUAGCGAAGGAGAAGCAGGAGAAGCUAUCGGCGGAAUAUCAAUUGCUUCAGACGAACACCGGCUUGCUCGCUCUCCACAUCAUCGAGCAGCAGCGUCAUAAUGCCGGGUUUCCUCAACAGUCACCAGAUCAUUCCAUGCGCGAUGGAGAAGGAGGAGUCGUGAGGAAGAAGGAAACGAACGAGUUGUUCGGUGAGGUGGAAGGCUCGAAGGCAAGAGUAGACCAGACUUCUACUCCAGCGCAUAGUUCGAGGACGAACAUGAAGAGAAAAGCUCCACAUGACGACACCAACGACACCAACGACACGCGCCUAGCAGAUCCAUACGAACCAACCCUUCAAGUUUCAGCCACCACCUCGAACCAGGCAAGUCUCUCCAUCAUCAACUCUCUGUCCACUCUACCCAUUCCUAUAUCACUGCCAAAGACCGCGGCUCCUGCCCUACCUUCAUCGUCGUCAACGGCCACACCACUCAGUAGUCACAUGGAAUCGCCCAGUAAAAGACCUCGACUCAGCAAAAUCACCACUCCCAACCGUUUGAAUCCUGGUCCCUCGAUGAGCAACGAAGAGGACUCUCGAUCGGUUAUCAAAAGACAAGUUGAACCCGCAUCGUCCUCAUCGACUUCGACGAAUGAUGCAAAUCUCGAACUUCAGACGUCUGAAACGAGUACAGGGGUGGGUACGAACACUUAUACUUCGCCGGCACGAAGUGGUUGUGGAAGUCGUGAACUUCAGCCUUCUCCGAGCAAGCUGAGCUUGAUUCUGGCUUCAAUCCCUAGACGCACUUCACCUUCGGGACCGUCAAAGCCGCGAUCGCCUGACGUCGUCGAGGGAAGUGCGAAUGGAACUGAGUCGGCGAUGGCGACACGUGAACGAAACAGACGAGAGUGUUCGGCGCCCACAAAGGAUGAGGCAUUGGUGCCGGCAGAUGAUUCGAACGAAGACACCAAGCCUCUCAUCUCGCACUCGCAGAACUUUACAUCCACCGCUAAUUCACGAAUAUCGGAUCUUCGAACUUUCGUUGUCGAUAUCCUGUCAUCGACUUGUCACCCGGUCGUGCUCAACCUACCCACUGCUACUGGUGGUUCUCGAAACUCUCGCUCUAAUCCGAAACAGUGCUGCCCUAUCGGCUCUGGAUGCGCAAUAUUGCAUAGUACGCCGCCACUCAAAUCUGGCGCACGGUCACCCUCCAGGACGUCUUCAGCUGGAAGUGAAAGCCCGAGCAGGAAGAAGAGAAAACUCGUCAUGGCGAAUCCUCUGUAUCAGCCGUGGCUACCGAAGCAACCGGGUGCCCCGGGUGUUUUGAUCUCGAAUAUGAUAGAGUUGGCGGAGAUGGAAGAAGACAAGGAGGAGGGUGUGGCGCUGUGGGUUAUGAAGCCGAGGCGUAUCGAUAAACAACGAGAAGAAGCGGACGAUGGGGAGGAUGCGACAGAGGGGAGGGAGAAAACGAGAGGAGUAUAUUUCGGGGAGUAUAGGGUCAGGAAAGACGUACGAUGGUUGAGUGCGGAAGAGUUCUGUGCAUUGAGCGAGGAAUGUCAAACCGAGAACGUACGAUGCAUCCGAGAAUGUAGGAACGAAGUUGGAUAUAUUAUGUUGCGUGCGUUCGAGGAUAUGAAGCAGAGAAACGUGGAGAUCACGAUGGAGGGGUUGAUGGCGGAGGUCGAGAGGAUAUCCAGCAGUUGGUCGUCGAAGGACAAGGGGAAGGGGAAGGAGAGGCAGGAGGACGAGGAGGAAGAAGGUUGUCAGAGUGAGGCAGAUGUGCUGAGGGUGUUGAGGGACGGUGAUGUGAGUUUGGACGUUUUGACACUGGAGUGUACUGGGUAUGAUUACGGGAUUAUCGACGAGUUGCGCGAGACUGGUAUGAUCGUAGUUCCUGGCCGAGAUAUAGCCAGACGACCUCCUUCGGUAGCACCACCAUCGGCAAACGGUGCACCAGCACCAGCUGCUCUCAACGAUAUGCAACAGCCUUUACAGUCUCUCGAUAUCAUUCCAUAUAUUCCCAUACGAGAUCCGUCGGCGUCGACUUUGGGCCCUACGAACCUCUCAGCGCGUAGAAGACCAUUCCAAAUUAUACCGUUUAUACCUCCACCGACCCCCGGGCCCGAACCAUCACCGGCGCAAUACAGACACAAGGACGAUAGUAUGCAGGCGGACAAGACAUUAGGUGGAGAUGACGGUGAAGAUGAAGAUGCGCCUGGACCGCGUAGACGGAGCUCAAGACGAUCGACGAAGGCUGUCGCGCCAGGCGCGUAUGAGAGGUUCUUCAAGCGGCAGUAUCUUUCCUGUGGUGCUACGACAGAGAGUCAGGCUAUCGAAGUCGAGGACAGCGAUGGGUAA